AUGCCUAGGGAUUAUAUCAAUAUGUUUACUAUACAAGAGGUGCAUGUGUUUAAUUUUCUGAGCGUUUUCCCUAACAGCCGUAGAGGAGUGGCCGCCUCCCGGAGCACUUGGACGGCGUCGUUGAAUGAUAUGUCACGCAAUGACCGAUCGUUGACCGCCAGUCCAACGAAGUUCAUUACUGUAGAGCUGAGGAAAGGGAGCAUUAAAGACAAAUUGGGUUUAAGUCUAAUGCAGAGAACUAAUGGCAGAGGACAACCAAACAGUAUCGCCGGUCAGCACAGGUCUAUAACACAGGGCGACCAGAUUCUGGAAAUCAACGGCCAGAAUGUUAGGGAAAGCAAUCAGAAGGACGUCUCGCAGAUACUGUGCUCAAUGGACGGCGCGAUUGUGCUAUUGUUGGGUAGAGUGCCCUCACUGUCCGACUCGAUCCGCGAGUGGGCCCGACGUAAGGCGCAGAUAUUCUUGAGGGCCCGCACCGGCACCUGGAGCUCAUCGGUGGGCAACUGUAACGAGAAACUGCAGACACAGCGGCCGUCGCUGCCCGUCGGCAAAGACAAGAGCUAUUUCCAGGCCAACAGUCUGUCGCCCGACAGUGAGUUCGGUAUGGGUUUGGGCGCGGGUAUUGGCGCCAGUAUGCCAGCCCUCGCCGGCUGUCAGACCAUCGCCAACAGUAUGACAGACAUCACGUCCUGCGAGAACCAGUUGUGGAGCCGGAGCUCGUCGUUGAGGUCGCAGAAGAGGCUGAGUGUUGUCGCCGAGGAUUCAAAGCAAAGAGAAUCGCUCGACAGUAACGCCGAAGAGCAAGAGCUGAUGAUAGCUCCGGAGCCCCUUGUGGUGGAUGUGAUGGUCAUGACUGACACGUCCGCCGCUGAUGGUAGACAGUAUCCGUCAAAUACGAGUUCACCCGAUAAUCCGCUGUUGCCUGCGAUUAAAGUGACAGAAGUAAGACAAUAG